GGUGGUACAAAUGCUAAAAACGGUUUAGCAGAAAUAAAGCUUCCACCCCAGAUGCAACUGGGGGCAAUGGCGGGCAAUAUCAGUUCUGUGGGUCUUGUGGAGGGUACCACUGCUAAGGACAGGCCACAGUCAAAGAGAAAGAGAACGGCAGGAAGUCGAUCUUGGAUGCAUUUUCAUGCUUCUGGGAGCAUGCAGGUAAUGGAAGCGAGUAAGUACGAGAUCGUACGGCUGGCAGACAUCCCGUUACGAGAUCUUCGAGUUCUGGAUCCUCUCUUGUCUUAUCCGGCGACAAUCUUGUCCAGAGAGAAGGCCAUCGUGGUCAACCUGGAGUACAUAAAGGCAAUUAUCAGACAGGAAGAUGUAUACGUGCUUGGAGUACCUGGAUCGGAUACUGCUCUAGAUGCUUUCAUCAAGGUACUGACGAAAAAGAUCUCAUCUCCUCUCGACGAUCCACCACCUCCUCUUCCUCAUUCAUCAGCUCCACUUCGUGAUUCAUCACCUACUCCUCCGCCGCCUCCUCCCGACCAUGGACCUGGAACACGGCCGUCCCUUCAAUCGCCACCGUCUCCGUCUCGGACUCGUUCACCGCUACCUCCUCCUCUUGGGCCACCACCGUCUCCUCCUAGGGCUCAUUCACCACUGCCUCUUCCUCCUGUGCAUCCACCGCCAUCUCCUCCUCGGUCUUAUUCACCAACCUGUCACCUUUAUCCUCAUUCAUCAGCAUCCCUUGUUUGUGAAACGGGCACACACCAAAGCUUGUAUCGCAUGCAAGCGCGAAAGGAGGAUGGAAGUCCCAGGAGUAGUCCGCUGCCCGCUUUGCACGAUCCUAUACAAGGCAUGCCGCUGGAUCAUAGCUUGAGAUCUGAGGCUCUGAACACGAGCAACCCACUCCUGCACAGUCUAGGGGACAGGUCUAGAGCCCUUGACAGUGUCCAUGACGUAGUAAGAGUAGGGAAACAAACCAACGAGGAUAGGAAAGACGUUGAAGCACCGGUGUCAUCGUUCAUGGCCUUGGAUCCAAAGGGGGAGGCAUUUGUUGCUGCUCAUCAUCACCAUAUCACUGCUAGGGGAACACCCCCACGAAAUUUAGCACCAGAACGGUCUAGUUACCUCAGGACUGAUCCCAGAGCAAGGCUGAGUCGAGCUAACUCCCCAAGGCUGUCUCUUCCAUCCCCCAACUUGUUGCUGAGAAACUCCCCACAUUCAGGAUCCCCUACUGCAGUAUCUUGGGGAGACGGGAGCCCGCGAACCCCACUUAUCCCUUCCCUUAGAGGGUCCCCCUUAGGUACUCCAAAAAGGGACUUCAAGCAGCGAUUCACUACGAUCUACUUUCCGUACAAUGAGAUGGAAAUCGGACUUCUGACAGGAGGAACAAUAUUUGGGCCUGCCCCUGGUCCUGGUCCUGGACCUGGGCCGGGACCUAGUUCAACUAGCAGGUUCGCCAUUCGGAAGCCUAGCAUUGUCCCUCAAAGAGAUUCUCCGAAGCAUGGCAAAACCCAUAGACUGGCUUCAAAUCCUCGUAAUAGUGGGGAGGCACUCCCAAAGACAAGCCCACCAGGAACAGCAGUAGCAGCAACAGGGGGAGGGGGAGGGGGGGGAGGAGGAGGAGGAGGAGGAGGAGGAGGAGGAGGAGGAGGAUGUACUUUGCCAUUUGAGCUUCGUGCUCUAGAAGCCUGUUUCGAAGGAGCGCUUUCUCAUUUGGAUACAGAACUUUCAUCCUUGGAGCAAGUGGCGUAUCCGGUCCUCGAUGAACUCACUUCCAAUGUGGACUCUGACAAUCUUCAAAGAGUGAGAUUUAUCAAGAGCCAGAAUGUCACUAUUACCGUAAGAGUGCAGAAAAUUAGAGAAAUGCUUGAGCAUCUUCUUGAUAACUAUGAGGACUUGGCUGAUCUCUUACUGACCGAAAAGAAAAAGGUUGAGAAGAACGUUUCCACUGUCAACUUCCACCUUGACGACCACCCUCGCCACCCCCUCAACAAUAACAACAACAACAACAACAACAGCGAGGAGAACAACAGUGGCAAACACGAACCCUGUGUCGAGCAAACCACCAGGGACCCAUUGCAGUCCCUGGCCUCAAUUAGCGUUUCCAAGAACACGGCAGCAAUGCCGAUACCCCUGAACCUGGACACACGGGCAUUGAGGUCAACAGGUUUGACCAUGGGCGAUGCCGACCCGGUGCUCGCAUCAACGGGGUUGACAUCAACGGAAUUGACUCUCAGUGACAUGGCCCAGAGUUCUUCUACGUUGACUGGGCUGGCUGUCAAUGACCAGAACUCCGUGUUUAAAUCAACUGGGUUGACGUCCACACAUACCAACGCUGCACGGCAGAGCCCAUUGCUGACAAAGGAAGAGACAGGGGAAGAGGAUGGGAAACAGUCACAGCUGCCAAGGCUGGUUCCCGUAUUGACAUUUGCCUUAGACAUGUUGCGGCAAGCACACUCGGACAUAAAGUCGCCAUCCAGUCCAUGCAGUGUGAGGUCAUUGAAAGCACCUGACUUUGAACCAAAAGAGGAACUGAGCGAGGAGGGAAAGGACACAGAGGAGCAAAAUGAGAGGCAGGAGGAGAAGGUGGAGGAGGAGGUCCGAGCUCCAGCGCUGGCCAUGCCUGCCACUGUUUGUCAGGACGGUCAUGAGGGGCUGCAGAUGAUAUCAGGAGGGCCUGCUAUUUCUGGUGAUGUUUGUUCCCACCCCAAUGGACAGGCGAUGGAGAUAAGCUCAGAAAACAAUUCACUUUCUGGCCGUCCGCAGGUUGUUGAUCGUCCUUCUCCGCUGCCAUUGGCUCUGAACCUGAUUUGUCCCGGAUCAUCUGAGGCCUCCUCUGCUGGCACUGUAACACCCACCGCUCUUCACGUCGAACAUUCUGAAUCCAAUGAGGCUCAGAGCUCUGACAUGCAUGGAAGAUCGUCUAGGAUGCAAGUUAGGGUCUGUCAAGGGAAGGAGGCUCAAUCUGGUUCGGGAGAUCAACAAAUAGUUCGCUAUCAUGCUGGACAUGUUGGUCCAUUUGUUCAUGAGAAGACGCAUCCUGGCGGGCCAGUGCUGAGGCGGAGGAGAAUGAGCACACUAAAUGAGGAUGAGAUUGCAGUAGCAGCUGCGGGAAGAGGAGUCAUUGGCGUGACGGGAGGGGGAGUCGCAAAGACCUGUUCAAGUAAGAAGACAGGAGGCUGGAAGAAGGCCAGUGCACGUUACUGCCAGAGCAGGAACUAUAACAAUCGCAACACCUGCCUGCCGAAGCAAGAAAUCACUGACCUGGAGAUGCUUCUGGAAACCUACUUUGUGCAUGUGGAUGGCCUUCUCAACAGACUCUCCACCCUCAAGGAAUAUGUGGAAGACACUGAGGACUACAUCAACAUGAUGCUGGACCACAAGCAAAACACCAUGCUCCAGAAAGGGAUCUUGCUCAUGGCGGCCACACUUAGCUGCAAUCUGAUGGCUGCUAUGUGUGGCAAUUUCAGCAUGAAUAUGCCGAAACAUUUCUUCGAAAAGGAGAACCAUCAAUCCAAAAAUGCAUUCUAUGCAGUGACCAUUGGAUGCGCUGUAGGGGCUGCUACCUUGUACAUCACAACUGUCUUUUACUUCAAGUUUAAGCGUCUGAUAUUCUGAUGAUCACAUGACUGAAUGCUCCUUAGUCCAUGCAACCAUCCUUAUUCCAUGCAAACUCGAGACCAUUAGCAGGAUUGGAAACGGGAUGGCUGAACUGCAGAGAGAUCCCGUUCUCCUUGGGCCCCCUUCCACCAGUUGAAAACUGUUCAGCAAACAGGCUUCAGAGAGCAGGGACUGAACAACAGGGCAAAGGCAAGGAAAAAAAAACAAAAGAGGUAAGUCCGUUUGUGUCACAAAAGAAGUCUGAAAGGGCAAAAAAAACAUGAACAGGCAAAAGCAAUGGCCGCCAACCCCGAAACGGCGAUGAAAGCACCGCGUGCUGUGGUCCAGGCCGGGUGUCAUAACCACAGCGGUCGGCCGUGGUGUCGGACGGGGAAAGAAAACAAAUGAAAAUUUACCAA